GGAGGGGGAAGAAGAGUAAACUUUUAGAGAGAGAGAGAGAGGGGGGAGGGAAUGGUCAACUAUGACCGGUGGCGUCUGUCAAUGGUUGAUAAACCCCCUCUCCUUCCAUCUCCCGUCCUCUCUCCUUCUCUCUUUCUUCCCCUUAAUUCGGUCGUUAAAAGUGUUUUUGUGUUGAAAAAUCUGUAUUGGUUUGAUUAAAUUUCCUUAACAAUUCUUCCGUGCCUUCUGAGCUUCCGACUUCAAUUCACCAGCUUGGUGCAGAGAAAUGGCACAACGCUCCCAUGUACCAAAAUUUGGCAACUGGGAAAGCGAAGAGAAUGUUCCUUACACGGUCUACUUUGACAAGGCGAGGAAGGGAAGAACUGGUGGGAAGCUGAUAAACCCAAAUGAUCCCCAAGAGAAUCCAGAUAUCUUGGACAACAUCAAGCCUCCAUCUCAAGCUUCUCCAUCCAGGAGCAGAACUGAACCAGAAGAACCAAUUAGAAGGGAAGCAGCAAAGCCAAGGCUAGCCAGUGGGGAAUAUGGAGAGUUUAGGCAGUCGAGUGGCUCUCCGGCACAUAAUGAUAAUAUGGGACGGAGAGGUACUGGUGAUUCGGCACAACAGCGUCAUGGAGGCCGCGGAUCGAGCUCAGGUCAACCUCAAAGGCGGAGUACUGACCACAGCGUGGACCGGUCACCUCUCCAUCCACAUUAUCAGGCAAAGAUUGUGGCAAAAGGUAGUGCAUCUCCUGCUGCCUCUGAAGGAAGGAACUCAUAUGAUAGCAGCCAUGGUGCUCCUGGAAGAACCAGAAUGAGAGCAGCUAAUCGUGGCGAUGAGACUCCUGAUAGGGGUGCUGCUGUUCCAAAAUUUGGCGAAUGGGAUGAGAACAACCCUUCGUGUGCUGAUGGUUAUACGCACAUUUUCAACAAAGUUCGGGAGGAAAAGCACGGUGGAGCUGGAAAUUCUGUGAGCAAUGAACCUUCUUACACUCCCAUCCGGAGGAAAACCCCAGAUGCUGACACCAAGAUCUGCUGCUUUCCAUGGGUUAGAAAGUAAACCGUUUGAAUUUCUGGAUAUAUGUUGUGAGAGCCAUCGAGACCUGUAUAUAGCUCUGAAGGCUUUGCCUACUCAGGGUUAUCUUUCUUUGUUUCUGUGCUGGUGUGUCUUUAAUGUUGCGAUGACCUUUAAGCUUCUGAUUUAAAGAUUUCUUCUUCCUUU